AGAGGUCUGCGUGAAUGCGCAGCAUCAGCACUCGUCUCCGGCUUGGCCAUGAACAAUAAGGAGCGCUCCAAACCCGCGUCGGCCAGCAACUCCCUACAUCGACAGAAGUCUACCAAUGGCUUGAGUCCUGCGCCGCGGCCCAGAGAUGCUUCGAUUGCGCGAACCUCCAGAGCCGACUCCAACCCUCCCGACCAUCUUGACCAUGACCCUGACCACGACCGCGACCCCGAUGACGAUGAUCCACUUCACAUUUCCCUAAAGGCCUGUUACGAUAUCUCGCAGUCCAAAAUCGCCCACCUCUUCUCGAAUCAACCCCCAUCGCCACAAAAUCUAGAAUCCAAAUCACAUCGUCCUGCUCGCGACCAAUCACCCAUCAACCACUCCACCCCACCCCCACCUCCUCCUCCGCCGAAAAGACCUGCGCGCACCAUUGAUGAAGAUGACUAUGGCGAUGACGACGAUGAUGAAGAGGAUGAGGGCGACCAACAAACUCAACAAUCACAGCCUACCGCCGAGUCCCCUUUGCGCCCAAAACAACCCGCCUCGCCAUCCUUGUCACUCAAACCCACCAUCACACGCACCAGUACUUCAUCUGGUUCCUCGGAUCACGUCAAGUGCUCGGAAGAUGUGCGCAAGAAACUCGAGCAAGACAANAAGGCGGCUGAAGAUGCGGCGCGGAAGAGUUUCCAUAUCAUGUUCUAUACCCUAGAGGCAGACCGAGACGCUAUGAUGGAGCAGCAAAAGCUCGAUGAGCUGGACAGGCAAGUGGAGAACGAGAUGUCUGGCGUCUCUAACCCUGCACCAACCUCGGAUCCCUCAGGUAUUCAGCAAGGUUCUCUCAGCAACGCCGAUCUUGGUGCAUCAAGCUUGACCUUGAAAAAUCUCAUUGCCCGCAUAGAUGCCAAACGAACCAUGGUCAACGCAAACGAUACCCAACUUCGUACUCUUAUUAGUGAAGUACGCAAAGGGCGCAGCAAAUGGGCCAGUGAGGAAAAGGUUGGCCAGGAAGAGUUGUACGAAGCUGCUGAGAAAGUCCUGAUGGAGCUUAAAGCCAUGACUGAAUACUCGACUCCUUUCUUGCAGAGGGUGAACAAACGAGAUGCUCCUGACUAUUUCCACAUCAUCAAACAACCCAUGGAUAUCGGUACCAUGAUCAAGAAGCUCAAGAGUUUUUCCUACAGAUCUAAGAAAGAAUUCGUGGGGGACUUGAAUCUCAUAUGGGCGAACUGUCUCACCUACAAUGCCGACCCCGCUCAUCCACUGCGCAAGAAGGCCCUGUAUAUGCGCAAAGAAACCGACAAAUUGGUACCCCUGAUUCCCGACAUUGUCGUACGAGAUAGAGCAGAGGUUGAAGCAGAGGAAAGACGUCUACAGAAUCUAGAUGUCGACCUUGAGGGAGGAGAGGACAGCGACGAUGAUCAACCUAUCAUGGCAUCUCGUGGCCGCAAAGCACCAGGCAAAAGCAANAAGGGACAAUCCAACACAACUCGACAGACAACUCCUGGUGCACCAGAAGGUACUCCCGCGGCUGAAACCAAACCUGCAAUUCACGCAUCUGCAUCUAGUUUGCGUAAUGAAUUCCUUCGCGCCGACUCGGAUGCUCCUGCUGAAGCCAGCUCAAAUGGGUUCUCCACACCACCUCCGCCUGGAACAGCCACUCCACUUGGGAUGAACGGUCUUAGUCAAACUGAUUUGAUGGAGGUAGAUGGUGUUGGAAACUCAAUUGCCAUCAGCUCACAAAUCGAGGACCUUGAUGAGGACGACGCUGAGUACAAGACCUGGAAGCAAGUUACCAAGAAAGACAGAGCUAUGGCUGCAGCGGAAAGAAAUCGCCUGUUUCGCGGCGACCAUCUCAAUCCUGAUGAACCAGCUCUGUUGCGCACAAAGGCAGGGAUGCGGAGAUGGCUUCGACAGCAGAAGCAGAUCAUGAUUGACCCUACCAGUGCGCAAUCAAAAUCCGACGGCGAUGAACCGGAGCCGGAAACGAGUACCACAGGCGAAACGCUCGCCGAGAUUCAGAAAGACCAAGAUCGGACACUUCCAGACUACUAUGAUAUUUUGGCAGCAAUUCCGGAGCUGAACGACCAACUCAGAUGGACUGAAGACUCGGAAGGCAAAGUGAUACCUCAGGUCGAGGAUUACCUGCGCGUCUUUCCUAAAGAACAAUUCACAUCUGCAGAAAGUGGUCUUACCAAGCGGAUGGAAGCGAACAUGAGACAGAUGCAAGAGACCCGAAAAGUUUGCGCAAAGAUCGGCAUUGUCAAGCAAAUGCAGAUCCAAGCUCAGACCUAUCAGAAUCAGUUCCAAAAGUACGAUCCCCAGCCGUUUGUGGAACAAGAUAUCGGUGCUGUUGCUGUCUCAGAAGAUGGCCCUAUCAUGUCACCAUGGGUUUGUCGCGCUGCCUUCCAGAGAGCCGUGGGAAAGAUUUUCUACCAUGCAGGGUUCGAAGAUUUUCAGCCGUCUGCACUUGAUGCCGUUACAGACAUAGCCAGCGACUUCUUUGGCAAGCUCAUUCGCACUUUCACUCUGUACAACGAGGCGCCUAAAAAUGAGCUGGACGCUCACAGUUUCGGUGCCGAAGAGCAGGUCCUUCACUGUCUCCACAAAAACGGUCUCGAUCUGGAAUCUCUUGAAACUUAUGUCAAGGACGAUGUCGAACGAUUGGGAUCGAAGUUAGGUGUAGUCCACGAACGCAUGAAGGCGCAUCUCGCCGACCUACUGGUGAGUACUCAUCUGUAUUCUGCUGUUAGAGAUACUAAUUCAUGCAGNCGACCUGCUUUGGGCGACAGUGUUGGCGCAGAUGGCGUUGGUGCGUUCAACGAUGGCAGUGAUCAGUUUACUAGUGGUGACUUUGCUGCCGACGUUGAUGAAGAUUUCUUCGGAUUCAAAGAACUUGGUUUGGCCGACGAAUUUGGUCUGGAGAGUCUCAGCGUCCCCUUGCACUUGCUACAAAACCGCAUGCACAGUGCCUACCAGGCUAACCAUACCAGCUUGAUCACUUCAUCUGGUGUUGUGUUCCCUGUGCCUGCUCCUUACGACCCAAUAUCGACAGACAACCUGCCCUCUCAGAUUGGAUUGGUCCAAGACUUCUUCGCGACCAAACUGGCUGCUAACCAAGGACGACCUCUGGUUGACGACGAAGAUUUGCCGACCAAGCAGCGCUUCCCUCGACCUCGUCUGCCACCUACUGGAAAGAUCAGCAGUCCAAGAAAGCGACCCAUCCGUGAGCAGCAACAAGCCGCGAAGAAGCGCAGAAAACUUGAGGAGAGCAAAGAAGAAAGCAAAUUGGUGAAACCGAUCGGACCACUCAAAUUGGCGUUACCAGGAGCCAAAGAUAAAGAUCCAGAACCCGAGAAAGAUCACGAAGGCAAGAAUGCCAUGAUGAGUCCGCCCGAGAGCAUUACUGCGAGUUAG